UGCGCCUUUUUAAAAGGCGUAAAUUGUGCAAAAUUCCCUUCAAGUCACCGCUUACUCACUCCUUUUAUUCUUGCAUUGUCAUUUUAAGUUCUUAUAUUUAUUUAUGUAUAUUUCAGGUGCUCAACGCGUUGACUACGUAAAUCCACGUCGAGGCAGCAUCAAUGGAGGAACACGACUCCAUAUUCAAGGACGCGGUUUUGCUCAGGAGAAACAAUUCCAGCUGAAUCCAACAGACGACACAUUCGGGAACCGUGUGACCCUGGUGUCAGAUACCCGCUCGAUUCCUUGUGAUGUAGAAAGAGACUCAACACACUACAACCAGAUCAUGUGUUACACCAGAGCCAUGCCGAAGGGUAGAUACUUGGUCCAUGUCAGCGUGAACGGUAUUCCCAUUCCUGAGAACAGUCUGUUUAACAACAACUUUUUCCAUUCUCACUAUAACUGUUUUCAGACCGUCUGGUGGCGCACGCCUACGAUCAAGACACUGAGUCCAGUCAGCGGUCUAGCGGGCUCCGAGGUGACGGCCCAUGGAAUGAUCUUUUCUGAUGUCUACGGAAGCAACACAGACAAGAGCUCCAACGGCCUCAACGUCAGAUUUCUGAGAAGCUACAUGGGAGGGAUGCCAUGCGAGCUGCUAAAGCCAAACUCAGAUGAGCUAUAUGGGUUAGAGCUGGACUCUGAAACCUCUUGGUGGGGACGCGUGACCUGUAAAAUGACCGGGACGUAUGUUGGGCAUCAAAACUUAAGCUACAUUCUUGACAAUGAUUUUGGAAGGAGUUUACCAGAAAAGAACCUGUACAGAGUUUCAUCUGUGGGCAAGCUCUACAUGUUUCAGACCUUUGCAGAGGUGACAGCAGUCUCCCCGUCCAUGGGCAGCGUCGAGGGAGGAACCCUGUUGACCGUCAGCGGCCGUUUCUUCGACGAAACUGAUCGCCCGGCACGUGUUCUUGUUGGAGGCCUGCCGUGUGAGAUCGAGAGUCUGUCCGACAACAGAAUUACGUGCAGGACGCCCAAACACGAGAUGAACAGCAACGUGCCUGUCUACCCAGGUGGAAGAGGCUCUUGGAUGGAGGUGUGGAACGACACACGACCCAGAUACCUGACGGACAUUUGGGACUUGAACGAGAACUCGACAGGGUACUGGGCGGGCUGGGUCGACACCUUUCCCCACGUCUUUCCUCAUGAAAUCCAAUAUUUCUGCUCGCGACUCAGAGGCUUCUUCGUGCCUCCAGUCACCUCCAACUACACCAUCUACCUCGUUUGUGACGACCGGUGUGAACUCUACCUCAGCAACUCCAGCCGCCCAGAGCACAAAGUUAAGGUUGCCCACCAGACGAGUUAUACUAACUCAUUCUUAAACAGACCGUCACAGAAGUCUAAAGUAAUGGCUCUAGAAGGAGGAGAACACUACUACUACGAAAUCCUACAACAGGAUUAUGGCGGUCCAGGUAGUGUCAGCGUGGCCUUGUUUCGAGGGGAGAGCGACUUCACAGAAGAGCAGACUGACGACGCUGUCAAUGAGGUCCAGAACAUCGUGGCUGACUAUGACGUGAACGAUGAGGAACAGGUAAUCAGCUUUGACUCGUGGCCCGGCAGCAUCGCUGCAGUCCAAGAGGUCCAGAGAGUCUCCGUCAACAGCAGCUGUGCCAGCCAUCUCUGUGGCAGCACCUUCUUCAGCCUCAGCUACGGAGAGGCAAAGACAGCGCCGAUUCCCCUCAGCGCCUCAGCAGACGUGGUGGAAGCAUCGCUGAACGACCUUUGGUCCAUCAAACCCGACACGGUCCAGGUCACCAAACAGGAGGACAGCGACGGAUCUCACUACACCGUCACCUUCCAGUCUGGCAGAGGCGAUUUCAAACCUCUCGACUCGGAGGUUUUUGGCUCCGACACCGACGUCUCUGUCACUGAGGUCACAAAGGGGGAAAGCAACAUGGAGACCUUCACACUGCUCUGGGACGGGAUCCCGACAAAACCCAUCGCCUUCAAUGCAACUGAGUCCGAGGUGCAGUCGGCUCUGGAGGACAUGAUGAAAGCCAAGUGUCCUGAUGAGAUCCUGCUCGCUGAGGGGACUGACGUGAAAUACGCCAAAGACUAUGAAAACGACCACUCUAAGUUCACCAGUGCUAAUGAAGGGACUCCAGAGAAAAACUCUGCUUUCUGCGGCCUGUGGUCUCUGAAGAACCCCAUGGUUCUCUUCCAUGAAAAAUACACCAAAGAGUCUGGAGACAUCUACGGAACACUUUCACUGGAUAAAUAUCCCAAUCUUUGCUUUGCCUACAAGGGAAUAUUGAAGGGUGAGGUAGGAAUCAAGUUCUCGUACCGCGACAGCAAAGGAAAAACCCUGACUGAGACAGCAAAGAUCAGCACUGUCUUCAAUAAGGGCCACAAAUGGAGCUACAAAUGCAUGGACAUGCAGAGUUCUCUGCAGACAGAAUACAUUGGAAGCCAAUACAGUCUGAAAGAGUUUCACCUGUACAAAGACGAGUCUGGUGCAGAUUUCUACGUUGAUGCCGUUCACAUCGGAAAAAAUCCAACCACUAUGGAUGUAAACGCUCUUCCCCAUAAGAGGAGGCCUCAGCCCUUUGAGGGCUCCGGUCGCUCCUUCGAGACGAUCGAUGUCAGUAAAGGCUCGUCGACUUCACAGAUCAGCUACGAGAUCAAAGCCAAACCGGUUGAUUGUGCCUUUGGGUUCCCGCUGCUCAAACUCGGCUUCCUGCAGAUGUCCGACAGCAGCGAGGACGCGGCUUCGUUUAGGGACGGAUCAGCCAACGUCAGCAUCACUCGCCCUCACAGAGCCACGCCUCCUCUGAACGGCACCUUUGAUGUGGAGAUUUAUGGAGGCCGAGCUGAAGGUCUGUCGGUGGACAUCAGCGAGCAGGACCUGAAGUACGCUCUGGAGGGGAUCGCAGGGAUGGGUCAGGUCGACGUCGACUGGCAGGGGACCUGCAGACAACCCAAGUGGAGGGUCGAGUGGCUCACUAAACCUGGAGACCAGCCUCUGAUGGAGAUCGACGACUCAGCGGUUGUCGGCGACGACGUGGAGGUUCGAGCUGAUGAGAAGAAGAAGGGAGGAUUAUUGAUCCGAGGCCUGACCGGAGAUUUCUUCCGUGUCUCACAAAACAAACCACAGGUGGAGGUUUUAAUUAACGAGAUCCCCUCCAUGUGUUCUGGUGACUGUGGGUACGAGUGGUCCGAGGACAAGACGCCAGCAGUGACAGGAAUCAGCCCAACACAAGGAUCCGACGGCCUGGGGACUCUCCUGACUGUGACUGGAACCGGCUUCAGCAGUGAAAACGCCUCCAUCAUGGUGGGAAGGACCCCGUGUGUCGUUGAACAGACCACCGCUACCACUCAGGUGUGCAGACUGGGCAGCUCCAGCGCUGGAACCUUCCCCGUGUCGGUCAACUUCCCCUCUCUGGGUCUCACAGCGGGAAACAUCUUCCACUUCACCUACCAGCUCAUUGUUUCCUCUUUCUCUCCGCUGGCUGGCAGCGUGGCAGGUGGCACGCUGCUGACUGUGAGAGGUUUCGGCUUCAGCCGUGACGCCAGAGUUACUGUCGGCGCUGCAGAGUGCAGCGUGCUUCACGCCAGAGAAACUGAGCUGACAUGCAGGACGCCAGCAGGGACGGCGGGGUCAGCGAGCGUCACAGUGAUGGUGGGGAACAUGAGUCAGACGGCCAGCAGCUCCUUCACCUACGAUAUGAACCUCACUCCGCUGAUCUCAGGCCUGAGCCCCGACACCACCACUGUGAUCGGACGUGAAAUUCUCACCAUCCACGGCUCCAACCUGGGAGUCGGAGACAACAACAGUGCCGUGCUGGUGGGCGGGGAGGAGUGUGUGACCGUGCAGUGGACGGCGACAAACAUCACCUGCCGUCUGCCUGUGCUGCCGCCAGGCAUGCACAAGGUUCACGUUAAGGUUGGAAACAAUGGAUACCCACGGACAAGCAGCGGUGUGAACGCCACCGUCGAGUGCAUCCUGCAGGUCAGCAGCGUCUCCCCGCAGCUCGGCUCCUUGAUGGGAGGCACCAGACUGACUAUUUCUGGAUCUGGUUUCAGCACCAACACUUCUGACAACCAAGUCUCUGUUGGAGGGACUGAGUGUGAGGUGAAGACCGCCUCGGAGAACGAGCUGCAGUGUGUAAUGCAGUCGGACGAGAAGACUCACAUCGUAACCAACCAGGGAUCUCACCACAGUUUUGGACAGGGGUAUGCGUGGAGUCCUGCUUCGCUGACGCUGUUUGUUGGAGACACAGUAAUAUGGCGUUGGCAGGCACCAGCCUUCCAGAAAGUCGGGUACCGGGUCUUCAGUGUGUCCAACCCAAGUGGCACCACCUACAAGGGAGGAGCGUUCAACAGUGGAAACACCAAGACAGACACAGGCUCCUUCAGGUACCGUUUCACUGCUCCUGGUGUGUAUUACUACAGCAGCGGCUACAUAGACGGCGCUAAAGCGAAGACGCUGCAGGGAGUCGUUAAGGUCGAGGCUCGGAUGCAAAAGAGCAGCACGGUCUCUGUCAGCGUGGGAGGCAUGCAGGCAGCACACGUGGCAGCAGGUUCACGUCGUGUCUCCAGGUCGCUGCAGCAGUGUGUCGCCUCCCCGCUGUGCCCGCAGACCAACAACACGUCGAGCAGCCUCUCCUUCAGCGCCCUCGCCUGCUCCACCCCCACCGUCCACUCCAUCUCCCCCAACCAGGGAUCCUACCACCAGGUCAUCCACAUCCAGGGCCAAGGCUUCGGCAACUCCACCUGCGCUAUAGAGGUGACGGUGGGAGAUGAGCCCUGUCAGCUGAUCAACAGCUCUCACUCUGACAUUAACUGCCAGCUGAGCGCCGCCAGCGAGCUUCCCAUCGGCGUCGCUCUCCCCGUCGCCGUCACAGUCAACAACCUGGGCAGCGCCAUCAUCACAGCCCCCAACGAGCUGGACCGCCGCUUCGUGGUGCUGCCGGUGGUCGACUGGGUCUCUCCUGCGAUCGGCAGCGCCACCGGCCACACGCGGCUCCUCGUCCGCGGCUCCGGCUUCUCUAAGGGAGAAGUGACGGCGGCCGGCGAGCCGUGCUCCGUCGUGUCCGUCAACUACACCGGCAUCACCUGCGACACCGCUCCAUCUCAGCCGCACGCCGGUGACGUGGUGUUCCACCUGGGCAGGAUCCAAAGCUCCUGUCACUCAAACUGCUCCUUCAGGUACUCGUCCUCCGUCACGCCCGUCCUCUCCAGUGUUUCCCCCGACAGCAUCGACGGCCUGACCUCCGUCACCGUCUCCGGCGCCGGGUUCGGCAGCAGCGUGGGCGACGUGGUCGUCUCUGCCAGCAGCUGGGAGCUGGAGGUCACCGCCGUAACCGAUAGCAACAUCACGCUGAGCGUUGAUGCCCUGCCCGCCGGCGCCCACCCACUCAAAGUGAUAGUGAGGAGCAAAGGCCUCGCGUCCGGCUCCGUCACCCUGAGCAGCGUCGCCCAGGCCUCCCUCAGCCCCGACGUGGGCAGCCUGGCGGGAGGAACCCCGCUCGUCUUCAGCGGAAACGGCUUCGCUCCGGGGAACACCAGCGUGACGGUUGGCGGCAAAACCUGCGAGAUUCAGGAGGUGACGCCGGGAAUGCUUCGCUGCAUGACGCCGCCGCACAGCGAGGGGACGGUGUCCGCCAUCGUCCAGGUGUUCUCAGUGCAGUAUCCUCCGCUCAGCUUCAACUACUCCACAGCACAAACUCCUGUUGUCAGCUCCAUCAGCCCCUCCACAGGGCCGAGCGGUGCCGUCGUCACACUGACUGGUUCAGGAUUCGGCAGCGACUCUCAGCUUGUCUCCGUCACCAUAAACCACGUCCCCUGCAACGUGUCCACGGCCUCCGACACGCAGGUUCAGUUCACCGCGGGAGACAACCCGGGGGGGACGUACCCAGUCAUGCUGCAUCACCAGGUCAAAGGUUACGCCCAGUCACACGUCAUGUUCACGUACGAGCUGACUCUGAGCAGCGUGACACCCAACGAGGGCAGUUUUGGCGGCGGCGCUCUGCUGUCGGUGCACGGCUCUGGGUUCGACCCGCACAGCUCAAACGUGACGAUCUGUGGGGAGAAGUGUGACGUCCGCAGAGAGAUGUCCACAUCGUCCCGUCUAUACUGCCUGUCUCCCUCCGUAAACGACUCUCAGUCGACGUUGAGCUGCGAGGUCGUGGUCAUGAACCGUCUGGACUCCGUCAACAUAUCAGAUGGCUACACCUACAAAUCUCUGCUGACUCCGGUGAUCUCUGAGGUUUCUCCUCGCCGCGGAGGCACCGCCGGAGGCACCCGACUCAUAAUCACCGGCUCCGGUUUCAGCACCAACAUGAACGACGUGAACGUGACCAUCGCAGGAUCUGUGUGUGACGUUCAGUCCACCAACAACACACACAUCGUCUGUGUGACCAACGCGCAGCGACAGUCUCAGGAGGCCAAAGUCAGAGUCAGCAUCGGAGACCGCGGCAUCGCCAAGAUGGAUGAUGCUGACUUCUUCUACGUUGACGUGUGGUCGUCCAGGUUCACGUGGGGCGGUUUGCCUCCGCCAGAAAGAGGCACGUUUGCCGUCAUCACUAAAGGCCAGACUAUCCUGCUGGACACCAGCACGCCUGUGCUCAAAAUGCUCCUCAUUCAAGGAGGAACGCUGGUGUUUGAUGAAGCGGACAUCGAGCUGCAGGCAGAAAACAUCCUGAUCACAGACGGCGGGCGCCUCCAGGUCGGCCAGGAGGGGGCGCCGUUCCAGCACAAAGCCAUCAUCACGAUGCACGGAAACCUGCGCUCACCUGAACUUCCUGUUUAUGGAACCAAGACGAUCGGUGUCAGAGAGGGCGUGCUCGACCUGCACGGUAUCCCCGUUCCCGUUCCCUGGACCCACCUGGCCCAGACGGCGGCCAGCGGCUCCAACACGCUGACUCUGAAGAAGGCGGUGACCUGGAGGGUUGGAGACGAGAUCGUCAUCGCCUCCACCGGAAACAGGCACAGCCAGAGAGAGAACGAGGUGAGGGAGAUCGCCGCCGUGUCGGCCGAUGGAAUGACCCUGACGCUGACCGAGCCGCUCGAGUACACUCACCUCGGGGUGAGCGUCACUCUGGCCGACGGGACGGUGUUCGAGGGCCGAGCCGAGGUCGGUCUGCUCACCAGGAACGUCGUGGUUCAAGGCGCAAAACACCAAGAGUGGGAGGACAAGAUCGAAGCCUGCCCCGAUGGCUUUGACACAGGGGAGUUCGCCACCCAAACAUGUUUCCAGGGACGCUUCGGAGAGGAGGUGGGCAGCGAUCAGUUCGGAGCCUGCAUCAUGUUCCACGCGCCCAGACCCAAUGAGAACCUUGCAGUCGGCAGGAUUGAACAUACCGAGGUCCGCCACGCCGGACAGGCCUUCAGGCUGGGACGUUACCCCAUCCACUGGCAUCUGAUGGGAAACAUCGACUUCAAGUCCUACGUGCGGGGUUGUGCCAUCCAUAACACCUUCAACAGAGCCGUGACCAUCCACAACACACACCGGCUGCUGGUGGAGCACAACGUCAUCUACAACAUCAUGGGCGGCGCCUUCUUCAUCGAGGACGGCAUUGAGACGAAGAACAUCCUGCAGUACAACCUGGCCGUGUUCGUCAAACAGAGCACCAGCCUGCUGAACGACGACGUCACUCCCGCCGCCUACUGGAUCACCAACCCCGACAACAUCGUCCGCCACAACGCCGCCGCCGGAGGCACGCACUUCGGCUUCUGGUACCGCAUGCACGAGCACCCCGACGGGCCGUCCUACGACCGAAACAUCUGCCAGAAGAAGGUUCCCCUCGGGGAGUUCUUCAACAACACCGUGCACUCUCAGGGCUGGUUCGGCAUCUGGAUCUUCCAAGACUUCUUCCCCAUGAAGGACGGGACCUGCGGCUCCAAAACCCCCCAGCCCGCCGUCUUCCGCGGCCUCACCACGUGGAACUGUGAGAAAGGUGCCGAGUGGGUCAACGUGGGCGCCGUGCAGUUCGUAGACUUCCUCAUGGUCAACAACGAGAAAGCCGGAAUCGAAGGCAAGCGCAUCAUGCCGUGGGCCGUGGCUGGCUUCGGAGAGGAAGGAGGGGCCACGAUGGCCAACAGCACCAUCGUGGGCCACGUGGACGAGCUCACGCUGGGGAGCGACUACUGCACGCACCGAGGCAUCAUCGCGCCGCUGGACGACGGUCUGAGCGUCCUGAACACCAAGUUCAUCAACUUUGACCGCAGUUCGUGCGCAGCCAUCGGGGUGGCAAAAAUCGAUGGGAAAUGUGUGACUCUUUGCGGCGGCUGGGCCGUCAAGUUCGCUGGCAUCCAGUACUUCAACUCGCCCAACAAGGCCGGCUUCAGGUGGGAGCACGAGGUGCAGCUGAUCGACACCGACGGCUCCCUCACAGGAGCGGCUGACAACAAGGUUGUGCCGAUGAGCGCCUUGCUCGACCCGGUUCACUGCUCCCCCAACGUCAACUGGAGCGUCGGUUUCGCCGGCGCUGUGUGCGACCACACCGUCACCUUCAACCGCCUGUCGUUCAACAACCCGUCACCGAGCUCUCUGAGGGCUAAAGACGCCAUCUUCACCAACGAACACGGCACCAGUGUGGUUCCCUAUUUGAAGAAGAGGAUGACUCAUCCGUACGGCUGGAUGGCGUUGCUGCCCUCCAACCAGGAGUACAACUGGUACUUUGACAACAUGGAUCAGAUCACCAACAUCACUUACGAUGCAAAGUUCUACGGAUUCAAGUCGGAUCAAUACGUGAUCAUAAACCACAACCUGACCCAGAGUCCGGACAGAUUCCGCAUCAUCGACGAGAGGAACGGCUCGGCGGCACCGCUGAGCUUCGGCAGCAGCAGCAACGGAGACUGGUACUUCGACGACAGCUCCAACAACCUCGACUACAUCAUUUCUGGGAAGAUGAGCAUGCGGCGGCGGCGUGCCAGCGUGGACCGCUCGCUGAAGGACUUUGGGGUGAACUUCAAGGUCUACCGCUGCUUCUUCCCCAACUGCAUCACUCCAACACCUCCACCUCCAGCCACACUGCCGCCCCUACCCACCGGCCGGCCCGCCAACUUCAUUCUGUGGUCUAAUGCGUCUUUCUGGAAAAGUUCAGCUGAGAAUAACUUCAGUGCACCAGCAGAGGGCGCCGACGUGGUCAUCCCGCCAGGGCAGUGGGUUGUUCUGGACGGUGACACUCCUGCACUCAACAAGCUGACGAUCGUCGGAGUCCUUGAGAUCCCCGACUCCAACAGCUCGUCCUCCAGACCGGCUCGCAGCACGCACAACACGGUGGUGAUCGACGCCGUCUACAUCUCCAUCCAGGGCGGCCAGCUGAUCGCAGGACGGGACGACGAGCCGUUCAGAGGUCAGCUGCACAUCAAGCUGAGAGGAAACCACCGCACGCCUGACUGGCCGCUGCCCAGCGGACCCAACCAGGGCUCCAAAGUCCUCGGUGUGUUUGGGACACUGGAGCUCUACGGACAACCUCACAACGUUUAUCACACCAAACUGGCUUCUACUGCAGACGCUGGAACCAGCAGUCUGAGUCUGUCGCAGCCCGUCGACUGGCAGGUUGGAGACGAGGUUGUCAUCUCCACCAGCAGCUACAGCGCCUGGGAGACGGAGAAGCGUCACAUCAGCGCCGUGUCAGCAGAUGGCCGUAUCCUGACCCUGAACCAGCCUUUGAGCCACACUCACAUCGGUGAGACUCACUCCGUCUCGGGGACGUCGUCCUCCUACACUCUGGCGGCGGAUGUCGCUCUCGUGACCAGAAACAUUAAGAUCAUCGGCGAGGAGUACCCGGAGAUGAUGCAGGAGUCGUUCGGAGCCAGACUCCUGGUGGGCUCCUUCUCCGCGGAGGGAAUCGACUAUAAAGGCAAAGCUCAGAUCAGGAACGUGGAGUUCUUCCGCUCCGGUCAGGAAGGCUGGAUCGACGACUACGACCCGCGAUACUCUGUGGCCUUCCUAAACCUGGGAGAGGUUUCAGAAGAAGACUCUUAUCUUCAGGGUUGUUCUUUCCACGACGGCUUCUCUCCAGCCAUCGGAGUCUUUGGGACGGACGGACUGAAGGUUGACGAUAACGUCGUCCACCACACUGUGGGAGAAGGCAUCAGAAUUUGGGGCAACAGGGUGACAGUGAGGAGGAACCUGGUGAUGAUGUCGCUGUGGCCUGGAUCGUAUCAGGACAGAGAGGAACCCUUCAACUUCUUCUGGAACGCCGCCAUCGAGGUCUCUGAGGGAACAAAUGUUGUGCUGCAGAAUAACAUCGUGGCAGGUUACGAGAGAGUCGCUUAUCGAAUCGACGGGGAGCCGUGUCCAGGUUAUAUGAACGAGAAUGAGAAGUGGAUGCACAACGAGGCUCACGGCGGUCUGUUCGGAGUCUACCUGAACAAAGACGGUCUGCCCGGUUGCAGCCACAUCCAGGGCUUCUUCGUGUGGAGGAGCUUCGACCACGCCAUCUACUUCCAGAUCACCAUGAGUGUUGUCAUCUCCAACGUGACGCUGGUGGACAACGGGCUGGGUGUCAUGCCGCUGAUCUACGGUCCUCCGUCCCUCUCACACAAGUUCGCCGACAAAACUGUCCACGUCCAGAAUUCCUUGAUUGUUGGCAGCAGCCCGAACUUCAACUGUUCAGCCACUUUGCCCGGCAGCGACUUUAACAUGAAGAUCAGCGAAGGACAUCGAGCCCCCAGACCCCCCACAGGUGGCAGAUCUGGAAUCGGUUGGCCGACUUUUCAAUCUGGACACAACACGGCUCCGGCCAAGCCCCAUCACCUGAACAUGAACUACAACGCCAUCAAAGGCCUGAUGACCGUGAGGGACACGACAUUUGUCGGUUUCCGGGAAGUCUGCUCCGGCGAGAUGAACUUCAUGUUCAUCACCAACCCGCUGAAUGAGGACCUGCAGCACCCGGUGCAGGUUUCAGGAUUAACGCUGAGCGACAGCACAGAGGAGGCCAAGGUCUUCGUCCACAGGCCUGACGUCAGCAAAGCGAACCCGGCCGAUUGUGUGGACAUGGACUGCGAUGCGAAGAAGAAGACGAUGCUGAAGGACCUGGACGGAUCCUUCCUGGGUGCUGUGGGAGACGUGGUGCCUCAGUCUGAGUUCGAGUGGGGGGGCGACCCCCGCAGAGGCCUGGGCGACUACCGCAUCCCCAAAGUCAUGCUCACGUUCCCCAACGGGAGCCGCAUCCCCGUCAACCAGAUCGCUCCACACAAAGGUGUGAUCAGGGAAAACUGCACGUACAUGGAUUCUUGGCAGAGCUACAAGUGUUUCGGGCUGAACUACAGGAUGCUGGUGAUCGAGAGUCUGGACGCGGACACAGAGACCAGACGUCUGUCCCCCGUCGCCGUGCUCGGAGACGGGUUUGUGGAUCUGAUUAACGGUCCUCAGGAUCACGGCUGGUGUUCGGGCUACACCUGCCAGAAGAGAGUGUCUCUCUUCCACAGCAUCGUGGCCACCGGACGCUCCGUCGACGUCUUCUUCUCCAGCGUCAGCCCGCAGAAACUUCGCCUCAUGAUGCUGAACUCUGAUCCGUCUGAGAGCAUCAUGGUGUCAGUCUUCUACUCCAAGCCGCAGCGGUUGGAUGUUUACUUCCAGAACAAUCUGAUCGCUCCAACUAACGCCAAGUGGAACGAUGAAAACACAGACUACACCCUGAAGGAGCCCUUCACUCCAGAUCAGUACGUGCCGCUGCUGAACGCGUCUGCAGGCACCAACUACUUCGACCAGGACAACAAGAUGCUGAAGGUGGUGCUGCGAGGCUCCGAGCCAGUGGAGAUCCGAACCUCCCCGGUCCUUUUCAUCUCCUUUGAGCUCCCCGCCAUGACCGAGGAGGAGUUCUUCGGAGACAGCCUGAUCGGGAACCUCGCCGCGUUCCUCAAAGUUCCCCCGAACAUGAUUCGAAUCUCCAAAAUCAUCCGGGAGGACGGCGGCAGCGCUCGGCGCAGGAAGAGAUCGACGGGCGGACUGAAGGUGGAGAUUGAGAUCAAGAAACCUCCAGUACAGCAAACCUCCAACAGCACCAACAAUGAGGAGGACUUCUCGCUCCUGAAGGACAUCGCUGACGAUCUGGGUCAGGCAGCCGUGUCCGGGAACCUCAGCCAGUCCAUUGGCUUCAACGUGUCCUCAUUGGGCGUCAUCCCACCUCCGCCUUCAUCAUCUGACCCCGACUGGCAAGAGGAGGCCACAGCGGAGGUGACGAGGGAGGAGCCGAAAGUCAGCUACGUGUCGAGCGUGGACGACCUGCUGCUGAUCGAGGAGCCGAUAGCCGCAGAGUUUGUGGGUCCUCUGUCCCAGCAGCCCAGCCUCAUGGCUGUGGACGAGCAGGGUAACUGCGUCUCUGUGGGAGUGACGACGCUCACGGUAACAACCAGCCUGAAGGACGCCAGCGGGGAGAAGGUCGACGGGCUGGAAGGAAACACCACCAUCCUGUUCAGCACCUGCUGGGCCAACUUCACCGACCUGUCCAUCCAGAACGGCGGUGAGAACCUGACCAUGGUCUUCACUCUGAAGGAGUGGGGCGCACGCUCCCGCACCUUUUCCGUCAAAAACACUCCGAGCACCCAGACCCCGUCCACCAGCAGCAACGCUACACAGCCGGCCACUCCGACCACGAAGAAACCAGCCACCACAGAGGACGGCAGCAUCUUCAGCUCCAGCAGCGCCGUGUCUGCAGGCAGCCUGUGUCUGGUCAGCGUCAUCUACGCCGUGGCGUGCUGCUCAGACAGCGUGCCCAUAUGUUAGACGGCUCUGAGAAGGUUUUAAUGAAGGAUACCUCAGCAAUUAUUCACCUCAAAACAAACAAGUCUGCUGAAUAUAUUACACACUCAUGCUCUGUUUUUAAUCAGUAAUAAUAAUAAUAAUAAUAAUAAUAAUAAUACUGGGAUACGGGUUCAAAUAACGCACAAAUCAAACUUUAACCAGAAUAUAAAUCCAAAGUAUUCAGCUCGACUGUAAAGACUAUUUGUGUCUGUUUCUUUCUCUUGUUGUAUUUUCUGUAAAUGUCUGUCUCAUGUGAUUAUUCUCCAGGUGUUUAGAUUUAUAUAUAUAUAUAUAUGAUAUAGAUUUUUAAAACAGGUGCAAUAGGUUCUUAACUUGACUCUGUAAGAAAAUGAUGGGACGUUUUUAUGUUGUUAAAGAUUUCUUUCUUUUAAAGCUUUAUUCUCCUUCCAAUAAAGUUUAUUUUUCAUUGAUAAAAA